GAUGCAGAUCCCCCUCGUCCCCCUCGUCGCCGCCACCCACCCCUCUGAACCUCGCCGCCACCCACCUCCGCCCCGCCCUCACUCUCCCCUCGUCUCCCUCGUCCUCGACCAACCUCGCCGCCCGCGCCCUUCCUCAUUCUCUCUCCCUCUCCAACGAUUCAGAUCUCCCACCUGCGUGUCCUGUCCAACGCUGGCCCCUUCUCCCAUGGCCCCGGCGCCUCUUCCAUAGUAGACGUGCGCGUCGCCCGCCUCGGCCUCGUCGGCGACAGACGCGUUGCCGCUCAUCGACGACGGCGUCACACCCGGCGAGCCAUAGCCAUGGCCUCUCCCUCACCACUCUCUAACCCUAGCUUCCCGUCGCCGGAGGCGGCACCCUCCUUCCCGAGCCGCGCCUUAUCCUCUCCUCUCCCGCAACCCCAAACCCGGCCCCGCCGCCGAUCUCCACUCCCCCAACCCCAGCCCCAGCCCCGCAUCAUCUUCCUCCUCCCCUGUCUCGAUCCAACCCAACCGCCGCCGCCGACCUCCCUCAACCCCGGCCUCCUCCAUCGCCGGCGACCCUUCUCUCCCUCCCUCCACCUCCAGCAGUGGAUCCACACCCACUCCAGCAGCAGCUCAAGCCGCCGUCAGAUCCACCCUCCUCCCACUGGCCGGAAAUCCUAGCCGCCCGUCCAUGGCGACCCACCGCAGCACUCCAAGGCAUCCACGACGGCUUUAUGGUCUGGUAGGAUAGGAGGAACGGCGACCAGCAACGGCCAUGGCGACCCACCGCAGCCUCCAAGACCUCGACGACGGUCGGUGCUACGGUGAGGCACAUCAGCCAGCGAUGGCACGACGAGGAGAGCAUCCUCCUUCUCCUGCCAGUGCCAUGGAAUGGAAGUUAGAUCCUUCGAGAGCAAUGGGAAGAGGCAAUGAUGGUCAUGGGUACCCACCCGGUGGCCAGGGGGGAUACCCUCCGGCAGGGUACCUGCCGCAGCAGGGAGGUUACCCUCCACAGCAAGGAUACCCGCCUGCACCUGGAGCUUACCCACCUGCACUAAAGCUCAAGGUGAAGAAGGCCAUCGAGAAGGGCAACACCGACGGCGCCCAGAUCUAUGCAGAGAGCGCCAUCCGCAAGCGCACUGAGCACAUGAACUACCUCCGCCUCGCCUCCCGCCUCGCUCCAUAUGCCCAUGAGUUCUAUGCCAUCUCGGCGGAGUACCCUGAGUUCAGCAAGAAGGACAAGACACUCGUGCUGCAGUUCACGGUGAAGCAUGAGCAAAAGCUUGUCUGCGGUGGUGGUUACAUCAAGUUGCUCGGAGAAGUCAGCCUCCGGCCAUGGCGGAUCUGCAGACGCCGCUGGUGCAACCAAAGAGGAAGAAGGUUCUGGUGGACUACCUGCUACGGUUUGCUUCAGCUCGUGCGGAUAGGAGGUGGAUAGCCGCACGGAUCCGGCGUCUCCGACCUUGGCAUCCACAAGGAGGAGCGGCGACAAUUACAUACCCAACCAUGGGGCAGCAGCAAUUCAUGAUUUCCUCUCACAGUAGCUCCAUGCAAAAGAAGGUUGAAAGGAGAAGGAGAGUUUGUGACUGCUAUAGAAGGACUGAAGGAGGUCCAUGUUGAAGAAGGUCGACAGAAGCAGUAGAGCUUGUAAUACUGUCAUUGCCAUUGUAUUUGUGUUGUAUGAUGUAUCCGCGUUUACCCACAAAAAAAUGUAUUCAUGUUGUAAUACUGUGAUUGCCAUUCUGGCUACUAUUUCAAGCAGUGUAUUUUGCUA